ACUGACAGUGACAGCCUAGCAACGACAAGUUGAUUACUUUUCUGGCGGUGUGGUAUUGUGAUAAAAAAGAAGAAAAGUUCUUGUAAAAAUAAAAUAGGAAGAAAUAAUUCAAUGGAAAAUAAUAGUAUACAUUUAUUAUUUAAUGUUGUCAUAUAAUCUAUAAUUGUUUUCAAAAAUGUCUCUAAAGUCUGGUCAUGUAGACGAAAUUGUCGAAAAAUGCAUAGAUAUCUUUAAAAAACUUCCUAAAAAUGGAAAACCUAUAGAAAAAGAAUGGACAGUAUUAUCGUGUGUGCUUCAAUAUGAUAGAAUUACUACCACUUUUGAAGUUGUUUCUUUAGGAACAGGAUCUAAGUGUAUUGGUGCUACCAAAAUGUCAUCGGCUGGUGACAUAUUGAAUGAUAGUCACGCUGAAGUUAUUGCAAGACGGGGUUUUCUUGUAUAUCUAUAUGAUAAUAUGAUGAAAGCUUUAGAAAAGAAAGAAUCAAUAUUUUUAUUUGAGAACAACAAGUUCAAGUUAAAGGAUAAUGUUGAAUUUGUCUUUUAUUCAUCGCAAAUGCCAUGUGGUGAUGCGGCAAUAAUGCGAAAAGAAAUUGAUGAAGAAUGUCUUGGUCAGGUAAUAACUUCAAGCAAGCGUCAAGCAAACACAGAUAUUUCAUAUUCUGAAUUGGAUGUUAAGAAACAUAAAUUGGAUAAUUAUGAUAUUUAUAGGACAGGAGCUAAAUGUCUACCUCAUAGUGAACAAGAUACAAAAAGUGCAGGUGCCAAUUAUCAUUUGUUGGGGAAAGUCCGCACUAAACCUGGUCGUGGUGACAGAACUUUAUCAGUUUCUUGUAGUGAUAAAAUAGCAAGAUGGAUACAUGUUGGUGUACAAGGUGCACUUUUAGAUAUGUUACUUCUAAAGUCAAUAUGUUUUUCAUCACUAAUAUUUGGUGGUGGUGUACCUUAUUCUGAAGAAUCUAUAAUGAGAGCAUGCCUCAAAAGGAGUUUAGAAAAUUCCUUUGUGACUUCAAAUAAUGUGCCACUGUUUUAUCAGGCAUCAGUUGUUUUUCCACAUAUUAAAAAUGACACUAAUAUAAGACCAGCACCUGGUAGUAUUGUAUGGAUCAAAUUAGAUCAAAUGUUAACUGAAGUAGCAGUUCAAGGAAAAAAGCUAGGAUUAACAAAGAAAAAACAGAUAUCACCUGAUAAUUCCCUGUGCAUUAGUAAAUAUAAUUUGUUUAAAAAAUUCCAACAGGUUUUAAUGAAAAUAGAAGCUUUAGAGAAAAAUAUGGAAUUUAUGCCAGUAAAAACAUUAACAUACAGUGAAGCAAAACAGAAAUCAAAAAGAUAUUUAGAGCAGUGGGAAAUAGUGAAGGACACUUUUUUCAAAACAUGGACAAUUAAACCAAAUAUUUGGAACUUUGUUAUUAAAUAAAACAGUUUAUUUU